AUGUCACAUCCAGAUAGAUCACCACCUCAUCAUCAAUUCACUCAUUCAAAUCAAAGAAGAAGAGCAUCUGUAGUAUAUGGAUCUAUAGGAAAAGGUGGAUUAUAUUUACCAUCUGAUUUUAUAAAUAAUAAUGAAAAUAAUAUUAAUGGUAAUAGAAAACAUUCAACAAAAGAUUUUGUUGAUGAAAAUUCUCCUUUAAUAGAUAUACAAGGAGAUUCUUCAAUAGACAUAGAGCCAACACUCAAAGAUAGAAGAAGAAAAUCAAGUUUUGAUGAAAGAGAAUUAAUUGAACAAGAAAGAGAAUUAUUAAAAUAUAGUCAUAUACCAAUAACAAAUCCAGAUAAUGAAGAUGAUAUAAGAAAUACAUUUGAUGAAGCAAUAAAUAAAAAUCAAAUUGAAAUAACUACACCAUUAAUUGAAUUAAAUGUUUUGAUUAGAACAAGUUUACCAUCAGUUUUAACUUUUUUAUUACAAUGUUCAUUAUCAACUGUAUCAGUUUUUUCAGUUGGUCAUAUUGGCCCCACAGAAUUAGCUGCAGUAAGUUUAGGAGCAAUGAUGGCUAAUAUUACAGGUUAUGCAACAAUUCAAGGAUUAGCAUGUUGUUUAGAUAGUUAUUGUCCUGCAAGUUUUGGAGCUAAAAAAUAUACUUUAGUUGGUAUAUAUGUUCAAAAAUGUACUGCUUUAAUUGCAACAGUUAUGAUUCCUGUAUUAAUAGCUUGGAUAUUUUUUGGUUAUGAAUUAUUAACUUUAAUUAUACCGGAUAAACAAACUGCUCAUUUAUCUGCAGUUUAUUUAAGAAUUGUCGCUGCUGGUAUUCCAGGUUAUAUUGUAUUUGAAGUUGGUAAAAGAUUUUUACAAGCUCAAGGUAUAUAUAAUAUAGGAGCAUAUGUUUUAUCAUUUGCUGCUCCAUCAAAUUUAAUAAUGAAUAUUUUAUUGGUUAAACAUUUAGGUUAUAUUGGAGCACCAAUUUCAGUUGCAAUUAAUUAUUGGUUAAUGGCUUUUGGAUUAAUUAUAUCAACAAUUUUUUUAAUUAAACCUGAAAAUACACCAACUGGUAUAAACCCUUUAAAAUGUUGGGGAGGUAUAAAUUUAAAACAAGCAUUUUCAGGUUGGUCAAAUUUAGCUUCAUUAGCUAUACCAGGAUUAAUUAUGUUAGAAGCUGAAUUUAUUGCUUUUGAAAUUUUAACAUUAAUGGCAUCAUAUAUAAAUACAAAUGCAUUAGCUGCUCAAUCUAUUGGAACAACAAUGGCUUCAUUAACUUAUCAAGUUCCAUUUGCUAUAGGUAUAGCAUCAUCAUCAAGAAUUGCAAAUUUUUUGGGUGCUGGAUUAAGUGAAUCUGCAAAAAUAACGACAAAAGUUUCAUUAAUUUUUGGAGGUAUAAUUUCAAUUAUAAAUUUUUUAGCAUUAUUUAUUUUUAGAAGACCAAUUGCAAAUGCUUUUACUAAUGAUGAAAAAGUUAUUGAAAUUGUUUUAGGUAUAAUGUGGUUAAUUGCUUUAAUGCAAGUUUCAGAUGCUUUAAAUGCAAAUUCUGCUGGAUGUUUAAGAGGUCAAGGACAAACAAAAAUUGGUGGUAUUGUAAAUUUAAUUUCUUAUUAUCUUAUUGGUAUACCAUUAUCAAUUUAUUUAUCAUUUUUUUCACCUUGGAAAGGUUCAUUGGAUGGUUUAUGGAUAGGUUGUACUGUUGCAUUAACUAUUAUUGGAGUUGUUCAAAGUUAUUAUGCUUUAUUUGCUGAUUUUAAUAAAUUAUGUGAUGAUGCUAGACAUAGAACUACUAUUACAGAUGUGUAG